GAUACAUGUCGUGACAGUCAGUGAACUACCAAAAAUGUUUGUCAAACACAUAAUUAAGUUAACACUAAUCCUAUGGGCCGUUAGCCUAUGGGCGCCGCCGCUCUGCCAGUGCUAUACGGGUGUGGCCGAUGAGGUGCGGCAAUUGUCGGGCCUUACAUUUCCAAUCAAUUAUCGGCACUAUUCUGGUUACCUGAACGCCACGGAUGACCGACACUUACACUACUGGUUCUUUGAGAGCCAAUCGUCACCCAAAUCAGAUCCGGUGGUUCUGUGGCUCAAUGGCGGGCCCGGAUGUUCCAGCGUAUUGGGCGCACUCACUAACAAGGUCCAUUGCACGUGGACCCGAACGGGC